GGGUAAGAAAUGUAAAGAAUACAUGUGAAGAAAAUGCCCUUUUCCCCCUUAAGUGAAACUUAACAGGGAGAGAAUAAUCCAGGCAUAAGAAAGCAUCUAAAUCGGUAAUUUUCUAUAAUAAUAACAACAAAAAUAGCAAUGAUUCGUGUACGCAGCACAGAUCCUUUCUUCUAAUGAUUUCAAAGACUUCAGCAGACACUCCUGUGUUAAUCCUCCAGGACUAAAGCUGACUCUUCUAUGCUUCUUUGAAAGAAAAAAAGGAAGAAAAAUUUGGCACAAUCACAUCCACAUUCCCCAGGGCAGAAGGUUCUGGAGACAAUGCAUGCUCACUCCACAUGAGAAGCAUCCAGCAGCAAAUGUAAGGGUCCAGUUAAUUCAUCCAGGAAAGCAAGGUAGAACUCAGAAGAAAAAAAAAAAAUCAAAACAACGCCCACAAACUGCACACUACUCAGGAGGAAAGUAUGUGUUUCUUUCCUGGAAGUGGGAAGCUAUUUUUAAUGCACCUUUGAAAACCAGGGAUGGGGCACUCUGCCCAUGUCCAUCACUGAACUGUGGAAUUAGCCUGGAUUAGUGACAGACAUGAUAUUGGAAUAGGGAAGCCUAAAGUUAAUGGGAUAAAUUUGGAGGACAAAGAAGAAAGCUUCCAGGUUCCUGGCUUGGAGGCGUGGUGAAGAUGGGCAUACAGGAGAAGGUCUAGACAGAUUUAAAUAAAUGCCCCAUCCAACCAAUUUGUACUCUGGAAGUGGCCACCUCCAAUGUGACUCUAUUUAGACAUAUGGCACUUAAGGAGAUUUAACUACAAUGAAAUGAAGUCCUGGGAGUAGGAGCCUAACCCGGUAGAGAUGGGAGUCUUUGGGAAAAGAGAGAGAGAAUAAUGACACUAGAGAUUUCUCUACACUCUUUCAACCAGAGAUGAAGCAGCCAGGUCCAACUGGCACCUUAAUUUUGGAUUUUGAACCUUCAGAACUAUAAGAAAAUUCAUUCUUGCCAUUAAAGUCAACCAGACUCAAGGCAGGAAGUGUGAGUGUGUGAAGGCAGCUAAAGCAAACUGAUACACUGGAGUGACAGUUAAUUCACUUAUUGAUGAAGGCCCACUACAGAUUGAAAGAAAGUCAUAACUUGUAGUUGACAGAGCCUAUGAAGGUAAGAGUCUGAGAAGGAGCUGACAGAAGCUGGGAACAGAAACUCAGUUUCUGUUCUAGAUAAACGUGCAGAUAUAACAUAUACAUGCUACAAAUAGUUUCUGUGGCUUUUGCCUCAAAUCCAUCUUUCCUUGGCCUGUGGCUCUCAAGAGGGAAGUGGGGAGCCAGCAGCAGUCUCUGGGAGCUUGAACCCCCUUAUCCCACCUGGCACUGGCUCCGUCAAACUUGAGGAGAAUGCCCAGCACGUCCAGUUUCCACCAGUCUCCUGGGCCAUUUGGAGGAAAGUCAAGAGCCAGAAUCAGCUGGGACUGCCAGCCAGGCAUUGUUCAAGUGUGUGGACUUUCUAGCACUGUUUUCUUUGGAAACAAUGAUCACAGGUGUGUUCAAGCCAGAGGUCAAACUGGAUGUCAUUCAUCAUGUCCCAUCUACUUUGUUUUCUGAAAGAGGACGUCUCACUGGCCAGGAAUUCACAGGGUAGGAUUGUCAUCCUAAAAAAGUGGGGACUCAGUCAGGGAAAUCCUGCAGAGGAUGCUGGGUGACCAAACUGGGGCGAAAUCCUAGAGAAGUUACACUUGGAGGAAAGAAACAGGGCGAUGUUAGGCCAAGGGAAGAAAUGCAUUGCAGUGGUGUUGAAAACCAGGGCUUAGGUAGCUUUGGCCCCAACCCUGCCUGCUUCCCUUAAAUGAUUGACAGGUCACAUUGGUUCAGCUUGGGUCUUCUAAGGAACAGGUUUCAUAAUUUUCAUUCGAUUUUCCAGGGGAUUCACAGUCCCAAGAUGGUUAGUUAUCAUUGCUGGAGAGGAAAUUGCUUUCUGGUUUGAUAAAUUAUAUUAGCUUUAGAAGCAACGUUUCUUGUGGUGGGGUCAGACUGGUAUUAAAAUUGUCUGGACACAGUGUGGCAUGCACAUCCCUGAGCCACAUUCCCGACCUCUGGAGUUGACACCUAAGAGUCUGAAUUUUUAAACAAGUUCCCCAGGUGGAUGGGAGAUUCUGUUGCAGGCUCAGACUCCAAAUCUAAAGGGCAGCAACGCUAGGACUGAGAGGUAGCUCAGUUGCUGGAGUGCUUGCCUUGCAAGCAAUGAGAACAUGAGUUCAAUUCCCAGAACCCACAUGAAGAAGACAGAGGUGGUGCACCCAACCUACUUAUAGCUAGUUCUAGCAGUGAGGAGGUAGAGAAAAAAAAAAAAGGAAAAAGAGGUAGCUGGGACUUGAGGAAUGACAACCUAGUCUGACCUUGAAUUUAGAAUACAUGUUAGUCACCAAAACGUGGGGCUAAGGCCUAUAAGGCCUAAAAAGCCAUUGCUACCAAUCACCUAAAUGCCACCAAACUGGGACUGAUGCCACCGCCAGCUCAUUCCUGAGCCUCGCUCUGUGAUCAUCCCUUAAAGCUGUCCUUUGUAUGUCACCAUAUGGCUGCAGAAGGGGCCUGGCUUGAAUAUUCCCUUCAAACCCUGGUGGUUCAAAAUGGCUCCCCAGGAUGGGAGCAGGACAGCCCCUGAGAGCCUCUAAGGUCCUGGGAAAUGGAGUAACUAGAAGGAAGCACAAGAAAAAGCUGUUAGUGAGCACACCAGCCCACCUAAUGUGCAUUCUCUCUCUCUCCAGAGCCAGGCGAUGCGUGCUGCCUUGAACAGGUCCUCUUCCUGCCAAAAUCCAUCAUCAUAGCUCACUUUUUCUCUCACGGAAUCUCACUGAGCAGGCCAUUUGUAAAGGAAAGAGGUUUACUUCUUACAAUUCUUAAAGCUGAGAAAUCUUAGAUCAAAGAAAAGGUCAAAAUCCAGCAAGAGCCUUUUUGCCGGUCGGUCGAGAUGAUGCAGAGGCCUGAAGCAGCGCAGCCUGUCUGAGGCAGGACAGAGCAACUGUGCCAAAGAAAGCUGCCUCUGUGACAAAGCCAUACCCUCCAUUACCCAUUAAGCCAUUAAUCCCCGGUGAAUUAAUCAUCCGUGAGAGCCUAGUCCUCUCCUGAAGGUCUCACCUCCCAAGUGCCAUUAACAUAGCACACCGGGGAUUAAGUCUCUAGCACAUAAAAUUUGGAAGACACAUUCAAACCACAGCAUCCACUCAUGACAAGUUUUGACUUCUGAAUGUUUAAAUGUUUAAUACUUAAAACUUAAAUAGUAAACUUUAUGGGGUUGAAUCUGUGGAAAUAUACUGGAAAACAGAUUUUUUUUUUCCUGGAAAAAUAGAAAAAGAAUCAAAAGAGACUGACCAGGAGAAUGGUUCAGAAAGCCUGUGUGCUCUGGGGUUGGAUUAACUGUCUAGGGAGAUAUGUAACAUAGAAACCAACUUCACAUGUACUUUUAAGACAGAAAAGAGUUUUCCAAGUCCAGACUCUCAGCAAACACUCCCUAAAUGUGACCCAGAAACACACACACACACACCCUACCUAGGUUAGAUUUCUACGGUUUAUACAUCUGCUUUUUCUCUUAUAGCCAGAAAAAUACCAUAAACCACAGUCUUGGUUUGUGCUUUUUAGCUUCAGGGAGGAGCUGCAGAGAGAAAUGAUAGCAAAGUGGAUGCCAUCAAUAUUGGAAGAGUCUGGUUUUAUUUGGAGAAGCCUCCUGUGAUCCUGGGAUGUCUCAGUCGGAGGACAGACUGUAGAAAGAGUAACCUCGAAGAGUUAGCAAUCUUCUACCAGUAGUAGUGCUGCCCUAAGGUUGUUGCCCUGUCUCUGGAUGUGGCUUUCUGGAUGGAGAGGGUAGACUACAGUAUUUGUGGGUUCUCUGCCCCUCCCUAAGCAGCCUUCCCUGUCAGGCAUGAAGCUCAGAAGGCCCAGCAUCAAGUUAAAGAAAUAGAACAAACUCAUCCCAGGGUUUCUUUAAAUAUUCAGAUAAACCCAUGUGCCCCUAUCAGUUAAAUUAAGCUUUUCUUAGAAAAAGUAAGUCAAUUAGUUCAAAAUGUGGGUUAGAGCUUCUGGGUAUUUAAAAGGGUUUUUUUUUUUUUUUUUUUUUUUUAGUUCAUUAGAAACACAGCCACAGGGCAGUUAUAUACUGACUCUUCUUCACAUCCUAUGAGGAUCCACCAAGUACCUUGAUACCAGUUUCUGAUAUCUGGAUCUUCAAAUGCUGGUCCUUAAACUAUCUCUGGGCUUGGAAUGUAUCAUUAACAUCAAGUCCUUUUGCUUAAUAUCCUGUCUUCACUUUCGAUAUCGAUAGUCACCCAGAGGUGCCUAACGAGCUGCUAAGAAAGUCGGUUUCCUUCUUCAUUUAGCAAUACUGUGUGAACUUUUGUCCAUAAAGGCAGGUCUCUGAGACACUGUGAGCUGCCACUGUGGAACACACUUUGAACAUAAACUGCAGAACUCAUUAGUCCUUGUGGCCUAGACACAAAAUAAACCAAACAGAAACAAAACAAGAUUUUCUUAAGAAUCUGUCCUUCUAGCAGUGAUUUCUUGGCCAUUGUCCAUGAACAGUCAUGACUUGUGAAAUGGUCACCUGUGUGCUUUCUUUAGAGACUGUCCUACUUGGUGAUGUCAAAAAACAACUGUAUCAACAUUUGGAGGUAAAGUAUUUGUUUUCAAUUUUGUUGUUCACUUUGUUUUGAUCUCACUAGUUCAAUAAACUACUUGAAUAUAGCGAAUAGUUUCAGAAAUAUUUUAUAUACUAAAACCAUUGUAAAUAACUCUAUAACUCAAAAACAUCUAUUACAUGACAUUAACAAAUAGUAUUUCUUCUUCCACUUUAAUUAGCACUUGUGAUGGAAUGGAAAUAUAUAUAAUAUAUUACAUAAUAAGUAUAUAUGCAUGUAUGUAUAACAGUACUGAUGGGCGCUUCAGUAGACUCUCUAAAGAUACAUGGCUGGAAGAUAAGGAGAUGACUCUUCUUGCUAAUUAAGUUUGACUAUCUUCAGAUUUGAAUUCUUUAUGGGCCAAGUGACAUUUUAUUGUUAGGAUAUUAUAACAAAGGGAGACAGCACAUUUUUCAGAUUCUGCAAACACACAAAUUCCUUAUAGAAAAUCACAUUUCUCUUGUAUAUUAUUCAUUUAAAAAGACUUAGGAAACUGCUAAGUAACUCAGGGCAGGGAAGGUUCAAAAUUACAGACACUUAGCAGCGAUUCGAAUCUAAACAUUCUGCUCCUGUUGAUUACUAUGUUAAGUUUACUGUGACCUGCUUUCUGGCAUAUCAUCAGAAACAAAAAUAUGUAACACUCCUCCUUGCCCCCAGAGAUGCACACAGAAGAGCCAAGCACUUGAGUAGAAUGUUUUGCAGGUUAGCCUGGGUGGGUUGGGGAGCAUUCCUUGUGUCUCCAAUGUCCCACUCUGAGUUCUUCUAAAACACAGGUAGGGCUUUGCUUCCAAUAAAUUAGGAAAUUAGAAUCACUGUGUGACAAAGGUCAUACCAUGUCUUUGCCCAUUUCUGCAAUACUCAAAGCCUAGGGCCUCACCCUAACAACUUGUCUUGCCAAAAUCCCCAAGUCACAUACACAGAAACUUGAGUGGCAGGCAAUUACUUCCUUAAGAGUGGUGGUGGUGGUGGUGGUGGUGGUGGUGUGUCUGUGUUUAUUCUUUCAUUUCUUAGUGACUGCAUGUGGCAAAGAAAUUUGGUCAUGGCCUAUGGAACCAGUUUGCCUAUCCUAGAGAGGUCUGGAAAACCUGGGACAUGUGUUUUGACUUUUUAACAUUUAUUUUAAGUGUUCCUACAGUGUUGGGAGCCAGAUUGAGGGCCUCUUGCCUGCUACACUAGUGUUCUUUCACUAACUACAUACCACGACCUACAGCAUAACCUUUUAAAAUGCAUUGGCCUUGGUUUUCUCAAAAUAUGAGGAAUAGUGAAGCUUUAAUAACUAAAAGAUAAUGGUGUAGCCUAGUGUACUUCAGCAUGUCUGCACUCCAGCACUUGAGAGAAGGCUGAGGCAGAAAGAACUUGAGUUUGAGAACAACCUGAGCUACAUCAUGAGUCCCUGUCUCUUAAAUCAAAUCAAAUCAAAUCAAACAAGAACCAAAAAUAUGAGCCAAUAGUUAAAUGUUUUCUAAUGUUUCAAGUACCAUGUUAAAUGCUUAAAGUAGCAAAUGAUUUAAUUUCAAAAUAAUCAAAAGUUGUUGACUUAUGUCCCAGAACAUAGAAUAUAAAAAAGGAUGGAGACUUUUACACAAGGGGUCACUUGGUAUAAGGGAAAGUCGGAUUCGAACCCAACAACCAAGGUUCAGGAAGGAAGCUCUCAGCAGUCCUGCUCCACAGCACGUAGGUGAAGUGAGUGACACACAAGUAUUUAUACAUUUAUUGAGUAUUUUCUAUAUGCCAGCCACCUUGCUAAAAUAUUUAGGGGAAAAUGAAUGGGCAUAUUUUUGUCCUUUCAGAGUUAUUUCUCUUUCACUUUGUAGAGUCAGAGUACAUGAAUUCAAAUUUCAUUUGAGUUAAAAAAAUGUUACUUGAGAUGAUCCUCAAUUGAACACAACAAAAUUAAUAGUGAAAUUGGAAGAAAAGAAAAGACAUCAAAAUAGCUUCGAUUUGAAUUCAUAUUUAGCCUCAAAAGCACCUUAUGAAUCUUUAAGUAAUCAAAUCAAGGGAGCACGGUUUUCUCUUUUGAUUUGUUUCUUUAAAGUGAUUAACUAAAUGCUUUUUCUGGCCUCUGCCCAAGAGCCCACAAAAUCCUGAGGUUUAGCAAUGCAAAUCCUUUCCAACUCACCUCUCAUAAUACCCAGACACCUCCAUUCCCUAGGUCUGCCUUUACAGAGUCCACAAUAACUCAUUAACCCCACUGGGAGUGGGGGGAGUGCUCCCUUUCUCACUGCAGCAAUAUCUUUCUACGAAAUGUUCCACUAGAGAAAAAAAAUUGAUGAUGGACAUAUUAAUCCAAAACAGUCAUUGAAUUAUCUUUAACUUCCAGGGACUGGUGUUGUCUAAAAAUUAUUAUUAUUAUUAUUAUUAUUAUUAUUAUUAUUAUUAUUAUUAUUAUUAUUUUGUCCUGCUUUUGAAUCACAGAAUAUCUUCCAUGCUCUUUUAGGUUUUUCAAGUUAAAAAUUCCUGACAAAUAUGGGAUUUAACUAAACACAACCCCCAUUUGUUUAUUUGUUCAUUUAUUUAUAAUAAAUGGCUAGAGUGUAUUGGGUUAGUAGAGAAAGGAAGGCAGUCCUGUACAAAGUUCUUAACAGAUGAGCCACAGAAAACUGGUAGCGUUGUCAAAACAUUUUGAUGGUUUUUCAAAGAGGUUGCCUAGUGGUUUUCUUAAAAGGGUAUUCUAAUUGAUACUGGCAACAAAAAUGUGAGAAUCUGAAAUAGGAAUUCAUGGCAUAUAAAGUAGGUGUGUGAGAGCUUUGUAGGAUGCCCUCCUCAAACAACCACUACUUUCUGAGAUGGGGAAACACAGAGACCUAGGUGAUACUUUCUAAUGAUGUUGACAGAGACAGCUCACAUGGACAGAGCACCUUGUGGAAGUUGCAAACCUCUUCAGGGGGCAUACGAUGAAGAAUCAGACAGUUGGAUGGUUGCAGCAGAAGUUCCACAUUGAACUGUAUUGUUUUUGUAAUAAAGAAAGCACAGCUCUUGCACAGUUGUGGGUGAGGAGCUGAGUAAAUUUCAAGAUGUGGAGUCAAGUGAGGGCUUCGAAACCAGACAGACUAGACAAGUAAUACUGCAGCCACAAAAAAAAAAAAAAAAAAAAAAAAAGAGAGCAUUCUUUUAAAAAUUACUUUUUCGAUUUCAAACUGAGUAUACGGAACCACUGGAUGUUUUUAAGAGAUCGUUUAAUGAUCGUGGACCUGAACUCUUUUCUGAGUUCAACUGUAAUUUUAUGCUAUUGCUUUUUUAAAAGUAAGCAAUUGUCCCGAGUCUUUCCCUCCUUUGGUGGGAGCGGUGAGGAAAGAGUGCAUAUUUGAUAUUUCUCGUUGUGUUUGCUUUGUUUUGUUUCUGGCGGUUCUGUUCCGUAACUAUGUUGGUUAAUAACCUGUUUCAGUGUCUGAUGAAGUGUCCUUAUAGGUAUAAAGUAUUGGUAGCCGGUCAGAAGGUGGUGCGAGAAGAACAGUUCUGCAACGAUCAGGCCAAAGCAUACUUUCCAAGGUGUGUUUCUUUCGUCCCUAGUUUAAAUUCGGGUCUUGCUGGUUGUUCGAAAAUUGUCCGGGCAGCUCCUGAAACUGCUGUUUCUCCAAGUCCGUUAAAAAGCGAUUGGUGACUGGGUGGCAAUUCCCCCUCCCUAGUCCUGCUAUACCCCACCCCCAUCGCCUGGCUUUUGCCAGUAGGGACUUGCCCUGGGGGGUAUUUUGUCCUGGGAACACAAAACUAUUUUCUUUUCUGGAAAUACGUUGACGUCAACUGGAAGCUGUUUUUGGUUGCUUUGUUUCCCGGAGCGUCCAACCCAGUACACCGCCUCCGGCAAACUGCUAGCUAUUGGAAGCAGCUCCCCUAGAGGGAGGGGAGCCCGGUGUCUGCACGGAGCGAGUUGGGGGAGUAUUGUACUAGCUGUGCUGCAAAAGUGGGGAGACCCAGAGAGCGGCUUCCUCGUGGGCCCAAGCAUGGAGCUUGAUCCUCUAGGCGAAGUUCGAAAUGCAGCCUGGAGCCAGGAAGGACCCCGGGUUCUUAGGGCUUCUAGAAGUCAAGGUUACUGUAGGUAGUUAAGUGACUUGCCUGAUCCCAACUGAGUUCUCUGCACUGCAGCAAUUCUCCAAGGUUCCAAAACCUGGCACUAUCACGGGACAAAAUGCAGGCACACCAGAAGUGGCGGUGGGCAACUAGUCUGGGCUGGCUCUUGAGCUGAGCUCCGAGCCAUGUGUGUCCACUUAGUUGCCCACUGCUACAAGCUCUGGGAAGCUAGUACAUUUCUUUACAUAUAUCCAGAGCUGAGACGAAGAACAGAAUGCCAUGACAAAUCUGACAGCUUCUCUAGUAGCGCUUAGAGAAGAAUUCCCCAGAAGUAUAACCUCCAAGAUCCUCUUCUCCUCGGACAGAUGUAAUAAGAGGGCGCGCGUGUGCUUGUGUGUGUGUGUGUGUGUGUGUGUGUUUGUGUGUGUGUGUAUUGUUUCCCAAAGGAGCGGGAGGAAACCUGUGAGACAGGGACUUGUUAUAACUUGUUUCACACCUGGCUUGGCUUCCCGACGCUCUGUGGUGUCCAAGGCUGAGGAAGCUCUUGGAGGGCGACGAAAAGCCACUUUAAUGGCCACGGGGCCCAGAGUUAGCCUUUCUUUUUUCUUAUUUGACAUUCCUUGUAAAUUACAACUUGAUGGAUGGUUCCUAUUGUGGCACAAAAUGAUAAAAGCCUCGGAGCGGGGGUAAGGGGGGUAAGACAGGCAACAUGGAAAGAAGGAACAAAUAGUUGAGGCAGGACUCCCCACAGCUGAAUUGAAACAUAGAGGCAAAUUCCAAUGACGCACGCAAGGACCCGGCGAGGUUGUCUCCAGGCACUUGGGCGCACUGCUGCGAUCUGGCUCCAUCGGUUCUUCCUGGCCUUGGGUCUCAGGCCUGGCUGGCAAGCCAGUGAACAUUCGCUGGAGAAAGUUAGGAUGACCACCCCGGUUACUGCCACCAACGAAUAGAAUAGUUAAGGUCCUGGUGUCACUAGGGCACUACCCCCAGGGCCGGGAGUGAGGUUGGUGGUGACGCGAGGAAGCACCCAGAGCCUGGGCGCGUCGGGGGCGGAAGCUGGCUGGAAGUGGGACAGUACCUCCUAUGGGAAAGCGGGACCCAGCGAGCUCUCUGGCUGUCUUUCCAGUUUCCGAGGUGCCCGCCCCCACGCGCCGGAGGCAGCGCAGCCCCGAGGGCGAAUGCAAGGCAGUUGGCAAACUUAAGUGAGAGCGCGCUAGAGAUCCUAAUUGCUAGAAUUGUGGCGAGAGCGGGGGCGACCCAAACCAAAGUUCACUUUUUCCACCCGCCCGCUUUCCCGCUUAUCCUUUAGGGAUUCGCAGUUUUAGUGCCAACCUGGGCACUCCUAGCCUCAGAGUGUUGUGUCAUUUUGCUCUAGGGCAGGGAGGACGGCGGCCCUAGUGGGUGGCAAGUGGGUCCCUGGGGUCCCGGAAAACUGCUCUUCCCACAUCUCUCCUCCCACCAGCCCCUCCCAAUCUUUCUUUCUUGCACUUUCCUGGGGCUGGCUAGACCGGCGCGGACUUGCCCCAAACCUUUGGGGAGCGCCCCAGGUCUUUAAUGACAGCUUAAAAGUGGCAGUUGGAAAAGUCUAAACAGAAGAGGCUGACGUGGGGCGUGUUUCGCUUCUUAGCAAGAGUCGGGAUGGAAGCUGGGAGCCGCGCUGCUGGCCCCAGGCCCCCGCGCCUCGCCGCCAGCAAGUAGGUGGGGGAGCCGCUGCUGCCGCCAGCCCCAUCUCGCUCCCAAGCCUCGCCCGCUGCGCCCUGGCCGCGGGCGCACAGAGGGUGCAGGGCCUCCCAGAGCCUCCUCCACCCAGCUCAUUAACCUGCCUGCUCCGGGCGGUCCCGGACACCGGCUCCUCGCAGCAGCACCCGCGGCCGGCUCACUGCAGCAGCCUCCCGGAUCCCCCGGCUCCGGGGGGCAAUGAGGGGGAGGUGGAGGGGGCACCGCUCCUCUGGCAUUACCUAGUGAAGCGACACCGCCCCGCCCUCCCGCCGGCCCUCCCUCCCGCCCGCCGGGGCCCGCGGGCCCGCUCCGCCAGAGGGACAGUCGGCCCAAUAUGUCAAGACCUCUGAUCACUCGAUCCCCUGCAUCGCCACUGAACAACCAAGGCAUUCCAACUCCAGCUCAGCUCACCAAAUCCAACGCACCCGUCCACAUCGACGUGGGCGGCCACAUGUACACCAGCAGCCUGGCCACCCUCACCAAAUACCCCGAAUCCAGAAUCGGAAGACUCUUUGAUGGUACAGAGCCCAUUGUUCUGGACAGUCUCAAACAGCACUAUUUCAUUGACAGAGACGGGCAGAUGUUCAGAUAUAUCUUGAAUUUUCUACGAACAUCAAAACUCCUCAUUCCUGAUGAUUUCAAGGACUAUACUUUGUUAUAUGAAGAGGCAAAAUACUUUCAACUUCAGCCAAUGUUGUUGGAGAUGGAGCGAUGGAAACAGGACAGGGAAACUGGCCGCUUUUCACGGCCCUGCGAGUGCCUCGUGGUGCGUGUGGCCCCGGACCUUGGAGAAAGGAUCACCCUCAGUGGGGACAAGUCCUUGAUAGAGGAAGUAUUUCCCGAGAUCGGCGAUGUGAUGUGCAACUCGGUCAAUGCAGGCUGGAAUCACGACUCAACACAUGUCAUCAGGUUUCCACUAAACGGCUACUGCCACCUCAAUUCAGUUCAGGUCCUUGAGCGGUUGCAGCAAAGAGGAUUUGAAAUUGUGGGUUCCUGUGGAGGAGGAGUGGACUCGUCCCAGUUCAGUGAAUAUGUCCUCCGACGGGAACUGAGGCGGACACCCCGAGUACCCUCAGUCAUCCGGAUAAAACAGGAGCCACUGGACUAAACAGACAUAUUUCUUAUGCAAAAAGAAAACAUACACAACCAAUAACAAUAUGAGAAAAGGGACAUUUGUGUGCAGCUGGGACAGUAAACCAAGCUCUGAACCUAAAAUUGAAUAAAAGACAUUUAUAUCCACUAGAAAUCACACCUGUAUUCAUAUGGGAACAAUUGGAAUCAUGAUAUCCUCAAGAUGUAAAAAAAUAUAUAAAUAUAUAAAUAUCUAUAUGUCAAAAGGUAGGAAAUGCAAGGAGAGAGAGAGAGAGGGAGAGAGAGAGAGAGAGAGAGAGAGAGAGAGAGAGAGAGAGAGAACGCAGUGGGUGCUGUGAUGACCGUGGUGUUCUGGGCCUCUGAGGUCUCUGUCCAGUAAAUAAGCCAUGAGCAGGGAGGACAGUCUCCUUACUGCUUCAUUGCCAGCAGCCAUCAAUUGUUUCUUUUUUCUUUAUUGUUCUUUUCUUUUUUUUAAACAAAUAAACAAAACACCUGGGCUGGUGUUCCUUUGCAAGUGGAGGUUUUGUGUCUGGUCAGGUAGGGACCAGAAGGGAGUUCAGAGAACCACUCAAGAGCACACCACACGGGACGUGCGGUAGACAGGACAUCUGACUGCAGUCUGUACAGGACUGGCACUUUUGUCCACCGCACAGCCGCGACCUUUCCUUUGUUUUUAUGCUGAUCGUUUGGCAGAGGGGCCAGAGUUAUUACUUGCUAGAGAUCUCCAGUUUCAGUCUGCUGCUUUCCUACAAUUUUUUCAGAUUUUAUAAUGUAUUAAAUACAAUAAACUCUGUUUUAAAAAAA